GAAGAGGAAGGGGGAAGACGGGGAAACGAUUCAAAGCAAAUCGUGCUCGAGCCGCCACGCCAAUGCUCGCGACGGUGUCGACUGAAGAAGGAGAAGGAGAAGAAGAAGGAGAAGAUGGCGAGCAGGAAGCUGCUGUUGCUGUUGAAGCCCUUGGAUGACUACGCCGUCGCCGCCCAGUCCCACGGCCUCUCUCGCAUCGCCAACCCCCAGAUUCUGCAUCAUUUGGAGAGCAGGAGUAAGGUGCACCGCGAGGCCGUAGGGUUCUGCCAGAACGUGUUGCGGCGGAAGCUGGUUGACUGGGAGCCCAUCUUACGCGACAAUGUGUCCCAGCCGAUACGGAACGUGGACAUGGUCGUCACUGUCGGCGGCGAUGGGACUCUGUUGCACGCCAGUCAUUUCGUAGAUGACUCGAUUCCACUUCUCGGCGUGAACUCCGAUCCCACGCGAGUCGCCGUGGUUGAGGAGUUUGGUAAUCAAUAUGAUGCAACGAGAAGCACUGGCUACCUCUGUGCAGCAACUGUCGAUAAUUUUGAGAAAAAUCUCUUCCAGAUACUAGAUGACAUUCUCGAGGGUCAAUUACUACCAUCUGAACUAUCAAGGAUAUCAAUCUGUGUGAACUCAGCACCACUGUCAACAUGUGCUCUCAAUGAUGUACUAAUUGCACAUCCAUGCCCGGCGGCGGUCUCGCGAUUUUCAUUCAGAAUCAAAAGCAAUGGCCAGUCAUGUUCCCCUGCGGUGAACUACCGAUCAAGUGGUCUCAGAGUCUCGACUGCUGCUGGAUCAACGGCUGCAAUGCUCUCAGCUGGUGGAUACCAAAUGCCCAUUUUAUCUCAGGACCUUCAGUAUAUGGUAAGGGAGCCUAUUUCACCCAGAGUGGCUUCUAAUCUGAUGCAUGGAUUUCUCAAUCCUGACCAGAAGACGGAAGUUGCAUGGUUUUGCAAAGAAGGUGCGAUAUAUAUCGAUGGCUGUAAUGUGUGUUGCACAGUCAAGGACGAGGACACACUUGAAAUAUCUUCCGAGGCCCCGGUUCUAAAAGUCUACUUGCCUCCUCGUUUAUUAGAAAAGCAAGUACUCCCGAUUAGGCGUACUUCUGACGCAGAGACACCGAAAGUGUCUUGCAUGUAAAUAACAUUUAAAUAGCAUGUAAAUAGGCUGAUGUCUGUUGAACCUGUCUAGCUAUGCUCCCAAGUCAUUUGCUGCUUGAAGAGCGAUGAAUGGGUAGCGGAUGCCUUCCUGGCGGUGGGCCGCUUAUCAAAAUGUGUCGUUGACAAAAGCUAGAACUAACGAAUUUGACAAUCUUGUGAAGUUGAUUAUUAAUUACAGUUCCUAAUGUGCAUUAUGAUCUUACGUUGGU